AUGAGGCCCCCCGGCUCAUGCUGUGCCCCCUGGGCGGAAGUCCUGCUCUCAGCCUCACUUCUGACUGCGUGGAGCCUGCCAGCUGCAACCGAGCUCACUCUUGAUGCCCGCCUGCUCAACAUCUGCCGAAAACCGCCGGCCAAGCCCACCGUUUCAGUCAGCCAGGGCGCUGUGAUGGAGGGGAAGGAAAAGGUGACCUUCCAAUGUGACACCAAGGACAUCAACGUUAAUAUCUCCUGGGUAUCCAACGAUCACCCCCUGGUGUUCCAUGAGCGCGUGCAGCUGUUCCCAGGCGGCAGGGAGCUCGCCAUCUUCCCGGUCUUGCGGGGGGACGCGGGGAGCUACCAGUGCGAAGCCUGGUGUGAAAACUGGGCCCAGAGCAGUGAUCUCACCUACCUGGUUGUGAACUAUGGUCCUGACCCCUUUGAAAUCAAGGUGGAGCCCAGUGUACACAGCAGAGAGGUGGUUGGAGUGAUAGAGGGCUCCAAUGUGACCUUCUCGGCGGAAACGCAGUCUCACCCUCCGCCAGCCUAUUCCUGGUUUCUCCCCAAUGGCUCUGCCCCAUCUUUCACCACGAGAACUUUCACCAUCCAUCUUGUGUCCAGGGAACACGAGGGAACGUACAGGUGCUUCGUAAACAACAGUGCCACCCAGCUGUCCCACCUGGCUUCUCUUAAACUCCAAGUCCUUAAACCGCUGACCAAGCCUCUCAUCAUGACCCCAAGCCUGAACGUCACGGAGAAUGCCAGGACCGUGCCCCUGACCUGCCAGACCACCCAUGAGGGGGCUCCAGUCCAGUGGUUGCUGGGCGGCAAGCCCCUCCUGCCCAGCAAGCGCCUGGUGCUGUCGGCUGACAACAGGACCCUGGUCAUGCACCACCUCUGGCGGAACGACACGGAGCCCUUUGAGUGUGAGGUCUGGCACGGGGGCAUCUGGACCCGAAGCGACCCUCUCAGGCUGACCAUCUACUAUGGCCCUGACUGCGUGGACAUCACCAGGGGCCCGCAGGCCGGGGUGGUCAGCCACGUCGAGGCGGAGCUCAACUCCAGCCUGACCUUGCAGUGUCGGGCCCAGUCCCAGCCAGACGCUGAGUAUCACUGGACCCUCGAACACUCCACCAGUGUGUACAUGGGGCAGAAGCUGGUCAUCGAGGCCCUGACCUGGGAACACCAGGGCACCUACAACUGCACAGCAUACAACCCUCAGACCCGCCUGGCCCGCUCCGCCUCGGUCCUGGUCAGAGUGGUAGGUCCCCAGUCGUCGCUGUCUGCGGGGUCCGUUGCUGGCAUCGCCGUCGGGAUCGUGGCUGUCGUUGCCCUGACCGUAGGGCUGGGCUGUUUCCUUUACACCAGAAAUGCCAGAUGGCACUCAAGGAAAACAGCAGAAGACCCCAUCUGUGAGGUCGCCACUCCGACCUCCAAGGAAGAGCACCUUGCCCAGCCUAGUUCCAACAAGCCAAAGACUGUGUAUGCCAAUAUACUUGAACUUCAAGAUCAGGUCAGAGUCAAAAAGAUGCUGUCUCAAGAGCCCCCAGAGCAGUUUUAUGAGAAGGAGUUGCCUUCUGCAACCCCUGGGGGCUCUUCUCACGGCCUGAGGAAGCCAUCGCCCACGCUUGUGUUGCAUCCAUCUACUCCACCAAAAGGAAACACAGAAUCAGUCUAUGAGGUGCUUGUGAAUCCAGAAUGCAGCAAUUACUGCGGAAUGAAGUCCUCAGUCUAA